UCUCCCUCCCUCCCUGUCUCUCUAGCUCUCUCUGACCUUAUAAAUAGAAGCCACUUCAUCAAUUCAUGAGACAACAUACCAAGGCCUUUCAUUCAUAGCUUAAUUCUUAUUUUCCCAAAUUAGCCAUAAAUAUCUUCCAAUGGCGCCAAAACUGUCCUUAUUGCUGCUUCUGACAAUGUUGCUAUGUUCACAUUCUCAUGGUGUCCACCUCAAAGAAACCACCAUGACCCUGUAUUUUCAAGAUUACUCCGCCGGUGCCAACGCCACGGUUCUCCCGGUAACCGGCAUCCCCGGCAGGGUUUGGUCGUUUUUCGGCUUCGGAACCAUCUUUUGCACGGAUGACCCAAUUACAGAAGGCCUUGACAAGAACUCGGCCCAAAUCGGAAGGGCCCAAGGCAUUUACGUGACCUCCGCGUUGGAUGGGUCAAACACACAUGUUUUGAUCUCAAUUGUGUUCACGAAUGAGGAGUUCAGUGGUAGCACCUUGGAGAUACAGGGCACAAGCCGCCAACACGACGCCGUGAGAGAGGUGGCCGUGGUGGCAGGCACCGGGAAAUUCCGGUAUGCGCGGGGAUACGCCACCUUCGAGACCGUUUAUUUUGACAUGGAGAUUUCGUACGCAAUCAUCAGGUGCAACGUUACUGUGAUGCAUUAUUGAGAGAGCAAAUUGGUGAAGAAAAAUAAAUCGCUGCUUCGACUUGAUUUUUGAUGUACUAUGUUAUUAUCCUUAAAAGAAUUUUUAGUAUAUUCUUUUCAGUAUUUACUAAGGUCGAAGUCAGUGUAAUAGGAUGAUUAGCCACAACUUCUUUGUAUUUUCAAUUUGUCAUAUAAUGGCUAUCAUGUUUUUCUUUAUUUUA